AAAUGACAACAGUAUGAGGAGGAGAAUGCUGCUGUGACUCUUCCAAAAGUCUUCAUCGCUUAUUUACUGACUUCACAAUGACUUCAGUCAUUAAAGACACUCAAAGCAUAAAAGAAGCGGUGACUUUCAUCAACGCGAUUGAUGUGAACAAGUUCUCCAGAUUAAUCUCCCGCAUCAUACAAAAGCUUCAUCUGAAGGGAGAGCGGACGUUCAGUGAAGAGGAGGAGCAAAAGCUUCAGACUGCUCUUUCGUUGGAUAAACAGGCUCUGAACCUGGUCCUAGAAACUGCUGCCUUUAUUCUAGAGCAGGCAGUGUAUCAUAAUGUAAAGCCAGCCUCUCUGCAGCAGCAGCUGGAGGCAGUUCAUCUAAACCCAGACAAGGCUGAGGUGUUCUCUCAAACCUGGGCCACAUCUGGCCCUGAGAUGUUGGAUAGGCUAAAGCACAAUAUCUUUGCUCCAAAGAAGCUGGAUUAUGUUGGCUGGCAGCUGAACCUACAGAUGGCCCAGUCCAGCCAAGCCAGACUGAAGUCUCCCAGUGCGGUCCUCCAACUUGGACUCCGCAAUGAAGAGUCUGAGGUCCAGGAAAAUGUCUUUGUUGAGUUUAACCACCAGGAGCUGCUUGAGUUCUACAACAAGCUUGAAAUCGUGCAAGGCCAGUUGGAUUCCCUGACUUGAUGCCUGGUGCUCUUUGUAUCAACACACACACACACACACACACACAUGUUAGUGUUUUGCUGAAAGCUAUGCCAGCUGUUAGACGGUUAGCAAUGCCAUUCUUGCUCUGAUUUAUUAAAGAAAAACGUCAGAGUUUGAAACCAGCAGUUUCUUUCCCCCUUUUGAGCUCACAUAUUCCUACAUAUCUUCAUCAAGGAUAUAGGAUAGAAUUUUGGAUAUGUGAGUUUACUGUAAUAAUUUUGUUGAUUAAAAAAUGUACGUAAACAAGUUUUCUUAGACAUUUUCUAUACCUUGCAUUGAGCAACUUCAUGUUUUGAUUGCCCUGUAAGAUGAUUACAGACAAUUAGAUGUUAUAAAUGUGCCAACAGUCACUGAUCUUUAAAAUUAAUUUGUAAUCUAACAGACAGAGGCAGUAAAAGGAAAUGAAAUGUCAGAAUGUCAUGUAGAGUUUAAACAAAUGGAUUUUGUAACUUGGAGAAUGAACUAGUGUCCAUGCCAUUCUAAUAAAAUCUGAAGUGGAGGUGAA